CACCUGUUUGCCGGAAGGUAGACUUGUUAGCAAAGUAUGGCUGAAACAAUAUGAUAAGUGCUUUUAAUUUCACUUCAUUUAAUAGUUGGCUGACCAACUUGGUGGUCCAUAGUUCUGCACUUUACGACACAUUACCGCAUAACGCACCAGGAGGCGCAUUCGUUGAGGAGGGAGAAUGAUGGGCGUCACGACAAAGCAUUUCACUAGUGUCAAUUGAUCCCAUGGCAGAAUUGUAUAAAUACAUUGUCAUCGUCUUGUCUCUGUGUGUUAGUACUAAUCACUACCAGGACAAUGUCAGUUGCCUGGCUCUGUAUUAACACCAUCGUAUGUCGCCAAUAUAUUCUCUCUACAUUAAACAGUGAUGUAUACUUUAAGAUACGGUGAGAGUGUAGUAGUGGAUGUUAUAAUACUACUGUAGUAGCAUACAGCAUGCUCGCCAAUGCUAUAGGUAGAACGUACACAAUUAGGUGUUCAAUGUGGAGCUAGAGCCAGCUAUUGAACGCUCAUCAUGGGUAAUAAGGACGGGGAUAAGAACUGUAGCACGGAGUCAACCAGCAAGAACAACAAAGCAAAUGGCGUCGGUGGCGAAAAAAAGUUUUUAUCUCCGGAGAGUGGUGGCCGACUGGAAAAAUCGCCUAGCUUACAAAGAAUACACCAACAAAGUUCUACAGAAACAAGUGGACUAGGCGAGACCAUCACAUCUGGAUUUUCUUCACAGGAAAGUAUAAAAAGUACACAUAGUUUUAAUGAAAAACCUAGAAGGUGUACACCGGGCGAGGAUCAAUUUGGCAAGCCUCCAACUGAAGUGGAGAGCGUGAUGAAGGACCGGACAGACACGAAGCCUUUACUGCUGAGGUCAGGGGGUGGAGGAGGCCGACGAGAGCGCGAGAGAGGCGACAGAGGAGGGAGAGAAAAGGAUCGCGAUAGAGAGGGCUCUACAUCAGUGACAUGUGAACCGAGACGGACGUCUAGCGCAAUGUACCCAGACGGUACAAACUUUGACGAUUUAUUUGCCAUUCCUGGCAAGUCUCAAAGCCAUCUUUCUUCUGGUGUGAAUAUAAACGAUUCAGAAAACAAUGGAUGGAAUAGGCGAUCUUCACCUAGGAGUUCAAUCAAAAGCCGAACCUCCAUUGGAUCAUACCGUUCGAGAAGUGGGUCCAGAUUUUUGGGUACGCUUUCAGAGUCUGCCUGGACAAAAUGGUCCCGGGACAGACGGGCGUCUUUUCGUCGUCGGCUAGAACUGCCUGCCAAUGCUAUUACAGAGCCGACGGAAAGGGCAUCGACCCCUAUCAAAAAGGCCCGGGAGGAGGGCCUUAUGUUUGUGCAUGAGGAUCUAAAAGGGAACUAUAUUUCCGAGGAUGAUAUAAAUUACAUACGGCGACAUCGGAUUCAGCGUUAUAAAACCUACCACGUUAUUGAAAAAUCAAAAAAGAAAUUAAGGAAUUUUCCCAGUCGUAUUGAGGUGCAUCUUUCUGUGAGGGACUGGCGUGUACUCUCAGACUAUUGGGAACACAAGUACUUCAGUCAAAUACGUUAUGCAGCCUUCUUAUUUGGAUUUCUUGGAAUAAUGUUGAUAGUUGUCAGCGUAACUAGUUCGUUCUGGAUAAAUUAUUCUACGGAGACAGUUGCCGAAGAUAACGUCACCAUGGUGGCAGUGGAAGCCGUGGACGGACUUUGGACGACGUGUGUUACAAGCAAACUUCCUAUGUAUGCUCAACUCAACACCUGUGAUACUUUAGUAGCUGAUUGGCAGACGGCGGUGAUAGGCCUGAUGAUAUUUUCUGCAUCCUUUGGAUUUGUGGCCACGAUCCUCGCUAUCCUUGGCGUAUGUACAUCCCCACUUCCUCGAAAGAUAUAUUACUUCCACUCCGCAGGGGAAAUUUUCCUAGUGUGUGCACUAAGUGUGGGCAUUGCCUUAAUAAUAUACCCUACCGUUAUGGAGCUGGAUCCUGCCAUAAGAGUUCACCUGUAUGGGCCGGGAUAUGGACUGGGGUGGGGAGGUGCCUUCUUUUUCCUUGUGGCAGCUCUAUGUAUGACUUUGGACGAGUUAGUGCGUGAAUCUUCAAGAGCCAAAUGUUGUCGAUUUUGUUUUAAAUCCCGACAGCGAGAACGAUCGGAACUGCAAAGAGUUUGAUAGCUAAUUCGGGUUGAAAGAGACGACAGUACUAUGAAUGGCAGUGAAGUUCAUAGACAGUGAUGUCUUUCUGAAGUAAUAUCUAUUGAAGAGGAUGAUUAUAACAAUGGAGAUCCGUAACUCAUUGUUUGAGCAGUGUCAUUGUCUCACCAAACAUAAGAUUUUAUUGUUCUUUUCUGAAACGAGUGUGUAGGCUGGUUUUGAAUGCACAAAUGUAUAUUUAAAACAUAACGCAACAAGACCAUUCUGGAUCACAUGAUGUUUGGCAUAGACAGACAGGACUGUGUAAAGAUCAACACUACUCUAAUAAUCAUCGAACAGUGUCUUCAAACUGUUAUUUAAAAGGGAAUUGAAGUUUCGGUAGUAUUGUAUAAAAUAACUUUUUUAUGAGGAAAAUGAAGGAGCGAACAUUUUGUUUAAAUCUAAUUUACAGUAUGUUCCUGGAAUGUUAUUAAGAAUGGAUAUUGCAGGAAUGAAGGCAUGCUCAUACUCAUUUUCUACCAUUUUAUUGUUAAGUAUCUUCUUAAAUCAAUGCAUGUUUUUUUUUUCUUGGAAGACAAUUUAACGCGUUGAACGCAGGCUAGAUUUUAACAUUGUACAAGGAGUUAUGUUGUGAAAGGUUGUGAACGUACUAUACUUACAUUUGCCAAUCUCAUUCUCUUGCGAUUGUUUCCAUCGGCAUUUUUAUAAUAUGUCUCAUAUAAUUCCGUUUCGUUCUUUGAAGACCGCUCGCAUUUGUCAAUUGCAAAUUUCAAUCCAGCAAAACUUUGAUGUACUGGAACUGUUCAUUAAAUGUGAAAAUAAACAUUAAUGUAUAUAGGAAAUUUGAAUUUAAAGAUACUUAAACUUAAUGUUGAUUAUUAAAAUUAUUGUUUGUGCAAAUUAUACCCUUAUGAAACCUUUCAAAUGGUGGCGAGUCAAUCGCAUAUAAAUUGGUUUUGUUUUGUAUUUUUGUUUUCAAUUAGACGUUUACUAAACAUCCUUUGCGACAUGCUCACCAUUUGAUAUUAGAUUUUCUAACACAGUUUUUUUUAUCACGUUUGGAAUAUUGCAUGAGCUUCAGUGCUUGGUUUGGAAAAUGUAUUUCGCAUAAGUAGAUCAUGGUCAAUCCAAUGAUUCUAAGAAAUAUGUUACUUUUUAUUAACACUCAUUUCAUGAAUUGAACCGUCUCUAAGUAGGUUACAUUGUUUGAUGGAAACCUCUUAUUUCGUCACGAAUGAAAAACAAGAGGUUAUCAAGGGUGCCCAUUUCUUCGUAAUCAAUUCAUACUUGAAAGUAAACUGUUUUAAAGGAGCUAAAGGCUACACGGCGCAUAAACUGAUAUCCAAAACAGGAAGUACUUAAGAUGAUACAAGGAUAGAUAGAUUCAUUUUCGGAUGAUUAAGAUCUAUAUAUACGUCGGUUGAUCCCUUUAAAACAGUCAUUUUUGCUUGAGAAAUUGUUGGUUUUUAUUCUAUUAAGUUUGAUCUGGAAUAAUGAUGUGUGGUUUAAAAUCACUAAUUAUAAUACAAUGUGAUACUAUCAUUACCGAAGCGUUCACGCCUUUUACUUGCUUCUCCGGUUCCACGAUUACAUAGUGCCGUGUUUUGGAUAUCGUCAAAGCGCUGUAUCUUUGAAAUGUAACUGGAUUUUUUUAUCACAAAACCAAAAUAUUUAUUAUUAUAAUUUGUUAUCUUGAUUGUAUUUAUUGGUUAUGAAUAUUUCGUAAUAAUUUGUUGAACUUUUCAGAGUAUAAUAGAAAUGUUACAUUUGUAAAAAUUAAUAGCAAUUAAAAGAUGAACGUUUUUUAUCAGAUUCUCUGUGUGUGAGUGUGUUUGAAUGAUAUUGAUCACAUAUAUGACUUAGGUUGUGCUUUUUUCUCCACACUUUAAUUAUUCAAAGGCCUUGACAAUAGUAACAGCUUUAGUGAUAAAGUAUGUGUAUAAAUUAUUUGAUAAAUUUCGAAAAAAAUCAAAAUAUUACGUUGAUUUAUUGAUUGACUUUUAUCAUAUUUCUGCUUUGCUUUGACAAAUGCUUGCCUUAUUCACAUAAUUGAUGUUUUAUUAUCUAUGACAUCGCAUACAUACACAACUAAAUCAAUGUGAUGUGUUGAGCUAGAACACAACAGAAAAAAGGAAAGAAUGGAUAUCAGAUUUGAAAUUAUAGUGAAAAGAUACAGAAAAGUUUAUCAGCUUGACUGUAUUCUUUCAAACACCAAUAGUUUUGGUCCGUUAUUUUCCUAUCUUGUCUGAAAGGCAACAGCAUAUUGAUCAAUAAAUACGAUUUGUACAUACACCCAAUGUACAGUAUACGUUA